UAAAGGUAUUAAAUGUGGUGGAGUAAAAGUACACCAUUUACCUCUGAACUGUAGCACAUCAAAAUAUACUUAAAGUACCAAAUGUAAAAGUAACUAUUGUUUUUAAUGUCCCAUAUUAGAAUGAUAUCAUUACUGGAUUUCUUUUUGAUGUAUUAAUGUGUUCACCACAGCUGGUAACGGGGGAACUACUUUAAAUUUCUUUAUGUACAGCUGCUGGAUAUGUUAACCUUUUAUAUAUGAUACUUUAUUUAUUAGCGUAUUUAGUCAGUCAAGUCAAAGUCAACUUAUUGUCAAUCUUCUGUAUGCGAUACAGGCAGGGAGAUCACAAUGCUGUUUGUCACAAUCCCAAGGAAUAAUGGAGGAAACGCUGUGGAACCAUGGGGGUGUUAUCCACGUUGGUGAGGGGUCUGGUGAGAGGAGCGGACAGAAUGGCUGAGUUUACAAGCAAACGUGGAUCAAGGACUCAUAACAAAGGCAGGGGUGCAAGGCCCACUGGGAUGAGGCUGUCCAGCAGGAAGUUUCUGUCCAUACGGACCAUGAUUCCUGAGUUUGUUGUGCCGAUCUUGGAAGACUUCAAACUUAAACCCUACGUCUCAUAUCGCGCUCCUCGAGGAGUGGAGCCCCCCCUCUCAGCAGAGAGUGUGUUUGCUGAAGUAGUGGCCCCUCAGAUCAAGAAAGACUAUAAAGAUGGGACUUUCAGCAAAGAACAGCUGGAGAAAUAUGGAUUUAAUCCCAAGCAGGAGGGGAAGCUCUUCAAGCUGUUUCCAAAGAACUAUGUUCGGUAAAGAUGCAUGCAGAUCUUUGACAAAGAAAUGUGAUCAGACUGAAAGCGGUUGACAACUGGUGUGACACUUUCAGGAAAAAUAUCACACAUGGGUCUGUCUGUGUUUAGAAAAAGUAUGUCAUGCAAGUGGUUGACAUCUGGCAAAAUAAAACCUGUAAGUCUAUGACCCAUACUGCAGAGUUGCAUCAGUCAUUUCCACUUUCUUCAGAACCCCUUGAUUUCAAAGACCUUUUCACUCAGUGGCAACGUGUAUACAUGCACAGUGAACUUUAACUUGUCAAUGUAACUUUAUUUGUCAGAAAGUGUAAUGACUGCAAUUAAAAUGGCUUCUAAAAGUU